AUGGGCCGGUCAACGAUCCCCCCGGCGCUCAAUGAGCUCUCGAAUCCCAGCACACCCGAAGCACAGGUUGCCGCGCUACAGAGCCUUAAGAACGAGAUAGUCGGACAUGAGCAGAGGAAGGAGCUGGCAGUGACACAUGGUGUUGUGAAACCGCUCGCAGGAUUGCUACGAGCGGAAGCGAGGAAAGGCGGCAAGAGAAGAAGGAACAAUGCCACAAACGGACACGGCUCGAGUCUCUUCAGUGAGACUAGGAGGGGCAUGGAGGAAUGGACCACCGAGGACGAGCUGAGGUUCCAGGCCACACUCGUCGUUGGCAGUCUUGCGAAUGGCGGUCCGGCAUUCGUUGCACCAUUGCUGGCCGGCGACGUACUAUCCCCAUUACUAGAAGCGCUGCGACCGAGCGAAACGCCCUCGAAGCUCGUCACCACAGCCCUCAAGACGCUCAAUCAGAUUGUCGACGCCGCUGUCCAGGAGAAGCCUUGGCUCGACAUGUCAGACUCCUCUUCAAGAUCUUCCCUCGCCUUUGCUUUCAACGAGUCGAUAUACACCCGGUCGGUCAUUGAGAGUCUUGCCGAAAUACUAGCACAGCCGGCAGGGACGUCAAAGGCCAACCAGCAGAUAGAAUCAGCAGUACGUCUCAUAAUGAAGACUUGUCAAGAAGAUAGUCAUAAGAAGAUGCUGGUGGACGCGGGCAUACUGGAUCUCUUGGCUGAAAAACUUGCUGCUGUCGCUGCAAUGGACGAUCGCAUACCCAUAACUGAGGCCAAGCAAUCACAUUACGAGCAGCUCCCUCGUACCUGCUUAUCUGAUAUUAUGGAAACCAUAUCAGCCAUCAUCAGGGACUCGCAUUUCUACACGGCACGCUUCCUCUAUUCACAACCAAUACAGCAACUCUUCGGGUGGCCGAAAGAACGCGCAACAGCAAACUUUGACCAAAGCAGUGCGUCACAAACACCGUCAUGGGAGAAGCUUAUACCGCGAGUACAGACAAUGGCCAGCAAAUCAGAUCCGUAUAUCAAACAAUGGCCAGCUCUUGGUGCUUACCCUUCUGCAACAGGAGACAGCUACUCCCGGCUGGAGUCGCAGCAGCCCACUUCAAGUCGGAGCGUCAUCACAGAUGAAUCUGAGUCUCCGCUAUUCAUAUGGCUGAUGUAUGUAGCGCGUCGGGGCGAAGGUAGAGAGAGGUUGUCUGCCUGUUGGCUACUAGCGUUGCUGAAGAAAUUCGGUGACCGAUGGCCUCUCAACGACCCAUCAAAGACAACACGAGAGCGGCACUUUUCGUAUCUGAUCAUUCCGUUGGUCGAGAAGAUGAUUGAGGAUUCAAGUCCAACGUCGGAUCAGGUGAAGAAGGCUCAUAACCUGAGCCCAGCGGCAAGGGAGGAACUGCGUUUCGUUUUAGAGCGCUCACCUGUGGUUCUUGCAGAGCUUGUUGCAGGCAAUAAGUCGCUGCAGACAGCUGCAGUUCAUGCUCGAACCCUACCCACGCUCAUCCAAAUCCUUAAGAAGUCGUUCGAUAUACCCACAACAUCAUCUAAACCUCUCUGGCAGCCGAAAUCCGCAUCUCACGAGGUAAAAGACUCCGCGAUCGACCCUGCAUCUUCGACCCUUGGGCGAUCAGGACUUAACCCAGAUCUAUUACAUGCAUUCAGAUACCGGGAGAGCGUUCUUCUCGCACUAGCGGCGAUAGCCGGUGACCAAGAUUCGUUGCGGAAGAUGGUAAUCGAGAUGGGCGCGGCAACGCACAUCAUCGAAGCACUAGUUCCGUACAACGAAAACAGCGAGCAGGGUGCGUCUUCUUCAGCAAAGGAUGGCAACCCCGACCCCGUACUCAUUGCUGCCUGUAAAGUCACGCGGUCACUAUCAAGAUCAGUCAGUGUGCUCAGGACGAGCCUCAUCGAUCAUGGCGUUGCACAGCCCAUCUUUGAGCUUUUGACACAUCCCAAUGUCAAAGUACAGAUUGCAGCUACUGAAGUCAUCACUAACCUGGUCUUGGACGUGUCACCCAUGCGAACGGAGAUUCUCGAGUCUGGAGUGCUGGGCACGUUGUGCGAGCAAUGUCGAUCGGCCAACUUUGACCUCCGAUUUGGCAGUCUUUGGGCUUUGAAACAUCUCUGCCUCGGGCUGCCUCAUGCGAUGAAAAUUCAAUGUUUGGACGAGCUCGGCGUGGGCUGGUUGGUACAAGUGCUAAAUGGGGAGCCAUCCAAACCAGCCAUGGGCACACCCAACGCAGCUGGGGAGCAGGUUGAUAUUCUAAACGCAGUUGAUGAGCCUCGUAUGGAUGUGGAUGAAGAGGCCUCUUCUGAAGACGAUGAUGCAAUGACUGAAAGCAUACCAUCCAUGCGCCGGCACCCGCGUUCCGGUUCACGCUACACAAGUGCAACAAAUAUCCGCGAUCGUUUGCAACAGAUAAAGAAUGAUGAGCAGGAUAAUCGACUGAACGGAGAGCGCGACGAUAUUCGCAUACAGGAACAAGCUCUAGAUUUUAUCCGGAACUUUGUCUCGGAAGAUAAAGCUUCUGGCGAGAUGAUUGAUCACCUCCUCAAGACUUUCGGACACAGCCGGUUCUUUGAACUUCUUGAUGCUAAGAUCCGACCGAAGAACUCUUCCAUGUCAUCACAAUCACAAGCCAGUCCUGGCACACCCAGCUACUGGCUGAGCAACAGCCACCGCACAACUUUCACACAACCUUCGAAUAACCUCGCGCAACCCAAUUGGGCCGCCUACCCUUCCACUGAACUUAUAUUGGCAACUAUCUACAUCCUUGUGCACCUUGCCAACGGCCGCCCACAACAUCGCUCGCUCCUAAUCUCUCAAACUACACUGAUGCAACAUGUUCUCCCGCUUUUUUCACAUCCACGCCGAGAUGUCCGCGUAGCUUGUGCAUGGAUGCUACACAAUCUUGUGUGGAUAGAAGACCACACCGAUGAAGCAGCAACAAGAGAACGUGCAAUGAGCCUGAGACAACUCGGCUUCGAGGAAGGCGCAAAGCAACUAGGUCGCGAUAUGGACCUUGAUGUCAAACAACGGGCCAUUGUUAGUAUCGAGCAAUUCGACAAGUUGCUCAAUGGCGGCCACGGUCGGAGUGGCUUCGCUAGUCCCGGUGGUUAUGGUGGUGGUGAUGGUGGUGGUGUUGGCGGGUUGGGAGGAAUGAGCGGUAGACUGGGUGGAAUGCCUGGAUGGAGGAACGACUCUCGGGGCUGAUGGAAUUUGUACUGAUGCAUUUUCUGGCGCGUUAAUGUUUGCAUCAGCGUGGGUAUUUGUAACGGUAUACGGUCGAGCGAUGGAAAUUGCUAAUAUUCGGAUUUGAUCUGAAUGAAUGAGAGGGCGUGGCGGAUACAUCAAUGAAUCCUGCUUCUUCGUAUGCGGUUGCUGUGUUGUCGCAGGCUGUUUACUGCGUCCUUAAUGUCGUGGCAAGACUUGGGAUCUUGUAGAUAGAUCGAAGAUAUGCAUGGCGGCCGAGAUUUUGAUAUAACCCACUGUAUUAAAAGCAUGUGGGAAUGAAUCGUAUGUAGUUCUAGCGCCCAAAAUCCUUGAGGAACAGUGUCAUGAGAUACACACCCUCUCUAGCAACA